AUGGCGAAUAUCUUUCUUUCUCCAGCUGGUGAUGCCUCCUGGACUGACACGUUCUACUCUUUGAAUCGUGGCAAUGUCGACACCGAGCUCCAACGUCUGGAUGCCAAUCAUUUCAACGUAUGGUUGCCUCUCACCGGUCAGGUAGCACCGACGCAUAUACUCGAUUGGCUCAACCAAACUUCGUCACCAAGAGUAGCGGACGUGGCCACCGGAACCGGGGUUUGGUUGCGCUCUGUUGCCCAGCAUCUACAAUCCGACGCAGAGCUUUUCGGCUUCGAUUUCGACGCAGUCAAGUUUCCUGACUCCACUGCAUCAUCUAACAUCAAAUUCAAACAGCAAGACGUGCUUCAGGAGUUUCCUAUGGAGCUACAGGGAACAUUCGACCUUGUCCAUGUCCGCCUGCUCCUAAUUGCAAUGAAGGCUAGCGACUUCGAAACUGCCACGAAGAACUUAUUUCAGCUACUCAAACCUAGUGGAUGGCUUGUUUGGGACGAGGUCUCUGCCUUGUCUUUCCGAUCAGUUCCGCCCAGCAAGGCUUUUGAGGAGUUCACAAGGAUAGAGAUCUUGCAGUCCAUCAAAAAUGGACAAGACCCAAGGGGACCCGCGCGACUACCUGAGAUCUUCCAGAAGGUCGGCUUCCAGGACUGCGAAACGAAGAUUUGGUCUAGUUGGGCAGCCAGUGAAAGUGUGCAAGACGCUGCACGGAUGGUUUCUCUGGGAAUUGUCAGGCCAAUGAUGACGGCGGUCGUUGACAAUGGAGGCUUGGAGAAUGUUCAAACAAUGGCCGACGUUGAGCGAUUGCAUGACACCCUGGCUCGGGAUUUGCAGAACGGGACGAGAGUGGGGUUUGAUUAUGUUCAAGUUUUGGCACAGCGACCUUCGUGA